CCUCCAAUCAUUCUCCACAGUGGUUAUUUUGGACCCUUUUGCCGAGUGGACCCCACCAUUUCUCUCUCCUCAAAGACCACAAAGUAUCUCUCUUCUCAACACAGACCAGUGUCCCGCCGGGAGAGAAGGAAGUGUAAGAGUAGAAGAAAACAAUUCCUCUGCUUCUACGAAAUUGUUAUCAGUUUCUUUCGUCUUGAUCGUGAGGACUUGCCAACUCUAUCACGCUUCAAUUCGCGUUCAUUGUUUUUCUGCAUGAAGUGAUUUGAAUGGAGCAACCUUCAGAAAAUUUCAUCCCUGGCCCUUCUAAAGUUCCUUUUAUGAAGCCUCCAGAUAAGGGAAAAACUGCAUGGGGACUUCCUAGAAGAGUGGAUAUUCAUCAUACACCAAGUGAUGCCAGCUUGUUUUCUACUUCACUGCCUAUCCUUUCACAUGAGAAAUUUAAUUUUAAUGAUGGCGGUCAAAGUCAAAGUGGUCAGUUAUUUGACGAUAACUUUCCAAGUCUUAGCAAACUACGAUUAGCAGCUGGAUUAAAGGACCCAGCUGAAGAUUUCGAACCAAACGCGAUAGGAAGCUCUCUCCCAGGCGAUGAAAACGAACUCUUGGCUGGUCUAAUGGACGAUUUCGAUUUUAGUGGCUUGCCAACUCAGCUCGAGGAUUUGGAUGAUGAUUUUUUUGGGAGUGGUGGGGGUCUCGAAAUUGAACCCGAGAGCCGGGAGAAUACACUCAAUGAUUUAUCGAGGUUAAGUAUUGCCGACAGUUUUGCCGGUGGCAGCAUUUCUCAUUUUGGCUUUAUGAAUGGUGUGGGGCCCGUAAGCGGCGAACAUCCAUAUGGGGAGCAUCCUUCGAGGACACUGUUUGUUCGUAAUAUCAACAGUAACGUGGAGGACUCUGAACUUAGGUCUCUUUUCGAGCAAUAUGGAGAUAUCAGGACUCUUUACACUGCAUGUAAGCACAGGGGAUUCGUGAUGAUAUCUUACUAUGACAUUCGUGCUGCUCGAACUGCCAUGCGGGCAUUGCAAAAUAAGCCCUUGAGAAGAAGGAAGCUUGAUAUUCAUUUCUCAAUUCCGAAGGACAAUCCAUCCGAAAAGGAUAUUAAUCAAGGAACUUUGGUGGUCUUCAAUUUGGACGCUUCAGUAUCUAAUGACGAUCUUCGCCAAAUAUUUGGAACUUAUGGGGAAAUUAAGGAGAUAAGGGAAACACCGCAUAAACGGCACCAUAAGUUCAUCGAGUUUUAUGAUGUUAGAGCUGCAGAGGCAGCUCUCAAGGCUUUAAAUAAAAGCGAUAUAGCCGGGAAGCGCAUAAAGCUUGAACCUAGCCGGCCAGGCGGGGCCCGCCGGAGCUUGAUGCUGCAAUUGAGUCAGGAGCAAGAUCCCGAUGAAGCACGAACCCUUCGCCUUCAAGUCGGUUCCCCCAUUGCCAAUUCCCCUCCUGGCAUCCUAAUCGAUGGUAGCUGGCAUAAUUUCGGCAGUCCAGUCGAGCAGAACAACUCCUUGCACGGUUACGGUCAGACGCCCACCAAUUUAGGAGAACUCAGCCCCGUAAGAAGCAAUAACUUGCCAGGUUUAGCCUCUAUUCUUCCUUCUCACAUAUCGAGUCCCGUGAAAAUCGCUCCUAUUGGCAAAGAUCCCACAAGAGCAAAUAUGUCAAAUAGAAAUCACGGGCUAUCCCACUUUUCUGUUCCUAAUACCACUUUGAGCUCAAGCCCCGGACAAGUCUCGUCGUUUAGCGAUUCAAAGCCGUCGAGCGUUGGAACACUUUCCGGGCCUCAGUUUCUGUGGGGCAGCAGUCCCUCUGUUGUUCCUUCAGACCAAACUAAUUUGUUUAAGGGGCAUCAACCUUUUACAUCUAGAAGACCUCGAUUAAUCGGCUUUCCUUACACUACUAGUCAGCAAAGACCUUUUCUUGGUUCUCAUCAUCAUGUGGGGUCCGCUCCAUCUCCAUCCGGUGUUCAUCAGAUCGAAAGACAUUUCGGUUUUUUUCCCGAGUCGCCCGAAACAACUUCUUACGUGAUGAACCAGUCGAAUUUCGGAGUUGCGAAUUUCGGUCAAAGCAAUGGGAAGAGUAGUGGUUUGACUAACUUGGGAGUUGCUUUUGCCGGGAGCAGUUUCGGUGAGAGUGGUUCUCCCGGUUCUCGUAUGAUGAUGUCGAUAUCGAGAAACGGGCCUUUGUAUUUUGGGAAUGGCUCGUUUGGGAGCAUGGGAGAUGGGUACACUUCUAAGAUGCUGCUUUUAGCUAUUGAUGAAACACACAAGGGAACGUAUGAUUUUCUGUAUUUACCGAUAGACUUUAAGAAUAAAUGCAAUGUUGGGUAUGCCUUUAUCAACAUGGUGUCACCUGCUCACAUCAUCACCUUUUAUGAGGCAUUUAAUGGGAAGAAGUGGGAAAAAUUCAAUAGCGAGAAAGUUGCUUCUUUGGCAUAUGCAAGAAUUCAGGGAAAGACUGCUCUUGUGUCCCACUUUCAGAACUCGAGUUUAAUGAAUGAAGACAAGCGAUGCCGACCAAUUGUAUUUCAGUCCGAGGGCCAAGGGACUGGUGAUCUGGAGCCUUUCUCGUCUGGAAAUCUGAACAUAUUUAUCCGCCAGCCAGAUGGAUCCUACGCAGGAGAUUCUCUCGACAGCCCAACUGGUGAACCAGACGAGAAGCUAUAUGGCAAUUGUUUGUGCUGAUAUAUAUGUAUAUUUUGGUGUAUAUAAUGUUCUCUUCUCUUUCGAAUUUUCAUUUUGUUGGGGCUUUGUUUUGUGUCGCGAAGUUUAAUACCAGCAAAUGUAUAGGAGUUUCUUUAGAGCUGGGCUGAGGAAGGGAAAUGUUGUAUAGAUGGGUUAUGUCCUGCAAGU